UAAAAUAAAGUGAGAAUUUUUAAUGCUCAUCAGGGUCUCCUACCGCUCUUAGCAUCCUCUUCCGGCGCGCUGCGCGGCAGAAUGGUGCCUCUCCGAGACCUCCGUCGCCUCGCGGACGGUGUUCUCCUUGUAGCGGUGGAGGCCGCCAAGAGAUCCAGUUACCUAGAGGCCGCGAGGACUGGAGGUAUUGGAACCCUAAUUUCUCACACAAUAAAAAACGCCAUCCUUUCAGCCACGGAUCUCGCCGGGUUUACCAGCGGGAAAGUCCGCGAGUUUACUCCCCCGCGUCCCGAGGAAUCCGUCGUCUAUUUCUCCGAACCUCCAGAGGCUACAGUAGUGAGGCCUGACAGCUCCGGUGACGUAUCGUUGUCGGUCUCUGCGACGGUUUCGGUGUCAGAGUCUACGACAGUGGAAGUUGGAGAGAACGUUUCCGUUUCGGAUGAUGGGAAGUCUGCUGUUGAGCCGCGCAUUCUGAGUGAGAAGAUCGAUGUGAAUUUAUCGAACUUGGAGGAGAGGGAUGAUAAGGUGGAUAAGAUUGUUGCUCCGAUGAAGACGAGACGGCCUCGGGAGAGGAGAGUGCCUUCAACCCCUUUCAGCAGAGCAAUUGGAUUUGCUGGUUUGGGAGCUGGACUUGCAUGGGGUACAAUUCAAGAAUCUGCAAAUAGGCUUCUUUAUGGCAUGCCUAAAUCAGAAGGAAAACAAUAUGUCCGUUCCCCUUUGUUGUCCGAGCGAAAUGCAGAGCGCUUAGCUCUUGCUUUAUGUAGAAUGCGAGGAGCUGCCUUGAAAUUGGGCCAGAUGCUUAGCAUCCAGGAUGAGAGCAUGGUGCCGCCACAGAUCUUAGCGGCUUUGGAUAUUGUUAGGCAAGGUGCAGAUGCAAUGCCAAGGAGUCAGCUUAAUGAAGUUUUGGAUGCAGAAUUGGGUACCGCUUGGUCAUCAAAAUUGCUUAGUUUUGAUUAUGAACCAGUUGCUGCAGCAAGUAUAGGGCAGGUCCAUCGAGCAGUGAUGAAGAAUGGUCUUCAAGUUGCAAUGAAAAUUCAGUACCCUGGUGUUGCAAGUAGCAUUGAUAGUGACAUUGAAAAUAUGAGAAGGCUUUUGGAAUACACAAAUCUCAUUCCUAAAGGGCUUUUUCUUGAUAGGGCUAUGAAGGUGGCAAGAGAAGAACUAUCUAGAGAAUGUGAUUAUGUUCUUGAAGCUGCCAACCAAAAGAGAUUCCAGACGCUACUAUCUGAUUCGGAAGGCCUUUUUGUUCCUAUGGUCAUUGAUGAAAUGUCAAGCAGAAAGGUUUUGACAACAGAGUUUGUGUCAGGAGUUCCUAUUGAUAAAGUUGCACUUCUAAGUCAGGAAACUCGGAACUAUGUUGGGACAAAAUUGCUUCAGCUGACCUUGAAAGAGUUAUUUGUUUUCCAAUUCAUGCAGACUGAUCCAAACUGGAGCAAUUUUCUUUAUGAGAAUGAGAAACGAAUGAUCAAUCUCAUCGACUUUGGUGCAGCUCGUGAGUACCCACGUAGUUUUGUGGAUGACUAUCUUCGCAUGGUAAUGGGCUGUGCAAAUGGUGAUAGAACUGUAGUGAUUGAGAUGUCGAGGAGGCUUGGAUUUCUGACCGGCGAGGAGUCGGAGGUCAUGCUUGAUGCGCAUGUCCAGGCAGGUCUCAUUAUUGGUUUGCCAUUUGCUAAACUUGGCGGCUAUGAUUUUCGUUCAACAAAUGUGACUCAGAGUAUCACCAGUCUCGGACCCACCAUGUUAAAGCACAGGCUAACACCGCCACCUGAAGAGUCCUACAGCCUUCAUAGGAAACUCUCUGGUGCUUUCCUUGCCUGCAUCAAGCUUGGCGCUCUUGUCCCUUGCAGAGAGCUUCUGCUCGAAGUUUAUCAGAACUAUCAGUUUAUUGAGAACGAUCAAGCAGUUUUUUCCACUUCGGCUGCCUCAUAGAUAUUCCUGCAGAAAUCCAGGUUUCAUUUUUUAUCUAUUUUUUUUUUUUCAGAAUGAUCAGUUUAUUAGAAUGAUCUAUCACUUUAUUUUAUGUAGUUCUUUUACAUAUAGCUAUUAUAUGUAUAAAAUUGAAAUAAUCAAAGAAAUAAUAAUUUAUGAUUACCAUAA